CAUGUCAUUAAACUUCAUUUGAAGAGUUGAAUAUAAAAGUAUACAGCAUGAUAAAACGCACAUUCACUAUUUAUUUAUCUAUGAAUUUGGAAAUUAAGUUAAAAAAGGUUAAGAUCUGGUUAUAUAAUUAUUUUAAGAGGACAAAUGGCUAACAGUUAUCCCACACUGACACAAGGAGAACAUGGUAACUUCACAUCCACAAAAAGGCCACCUGAACAACCCGAGGCUUGAACCACAGACCUUCUUGCUGUGAGGAAAGUCUGUGGUAAGAUUGUUGGGGUGUCACAUUUUGACACAACUUCCUCUUUAUGUAGUUAAACCAAGUCUUCUAUAGAGAGUUCCGCAUCACGCAACUGUCGAUCAGCCAUUUCACAGUAGCAUUUUUAUUCUUUUAGCUAUGGCAGUAUGGCAUUUAUUAGUGUACUUCAUACUUCUUAUCUUCAACCCAGGGUUCAGUACUGAAGACACUGUGUUUGUGAAGACAGGAGAUUUUGUUGAACUAAAUAUACAGAGAGAUAAACUACCUGAUGAGUUUGAUGAUAUAGUCUGGCAGAAUGAAAAAUCACAAACUAUAGUGAAAUAUUCUAAUGAAUAUAAAAGAGUAAAAGAUUACGAUGACUACAAGGACAGAGUGGAUUUCAAUACUAAAAGUUUCUCACUAACACUGAAGAACAUGAAGAAGACAGACAGUGGAGUUUAUACAGCAAGAAUAACUGGAAAUAGAAAUAAAGAUGUUGCUGAACACAGAGUAUCUGUUAUAGAUGCAGUUGAAGCUCCUGUCCUGACAGUAAACUCAGACUCCAGCUCAGGACUCUGUAACUUCACAUGUAAAACAGAUAGCAUUACAAUCAACACUGUAAUCAAUAACAGUAGCAGCUGUUCAGAGGAAGUGACAUCAUCUGGAGUCUAUAAUCUAAGUGUGAGAUGCAUUAAUGACUUCAUCAUUUGUAACCAUAGCAACCCUGUCAGCUGGAAGAAUGACAAAAAGACCAUUGAACCAAUUUGCAUUGUUUCUCCAGAAUACAAACAUGAACAGUAACACUUGUAAGUUUACACCAGUCUAAAAAGCUGAUUUUUUUUGCUCUGUUCCUUCAAAUCUAGAGAAAAGGACCUCUACUGAGAAAUCUUCGCGCCUUUACUGGUUAAUUCGCAAUAUUUGUAUAUCAUUGGGUUUGUUUGGUACAGUGGUUGGCUUAUUAUGUUUUUAUAAGAAUAAAAAAGGUACAUAACACCUUAUCUUAAAUUCAUGUUUUGACACCCCUGCUGAAAAGAACAGCAUACCAGCAAGACCAGCAUAUGUUGUGUUUUGGUGCUGGUUUGCUAGUGAACACCAGCUAAACCAGCACCAGCAUUAGCACCAGCACUAAUCCAGCAUUAGGACCAGCACCAAACCAGCAUUAGCACCAGCAUCCCAUGCUGGUCAUACCAGCAAAAAUUGUGUUUUAACGUACAUUAAAGUACAUUUGCUUCAGAAGUUUAAUCACCUGUGGUUAACAGCAGUCAAACUUAUACUGUGUUGUGCUAUUUUGUCUUUGUAUUUACAGUUGUCGUGCAGUGUUUUCCUUGGAUGUGUACUUGUGCAGAAGCUUGUAGAAAAGCUGCUAAAUCAGCUUCUUCUUUAAUGUGCCAUGUGAUUACAUUAAGGUUUCAAAUGAUUUAGGCACUUUUUAAUAUGUCAGAUUCUUUUUAAUAAAUAUUAAUCUUAACAAGUGCAUCUGUAUUUCUGUCUGUCUGUAAAAAUGAAUCAAUAAAAGGACAAGCAACUGUUUUUACAUCUCAGAAUUGUA